GGUUUGAUGGCUAUAAUUGUGAGAAGAAUAUCGAUGAUUGUUCCGGUCAUCUUUGUCAGCACGGAGCAACCUGCGUGGACGGAGUUAAUACCUACUCCUGCAGAUGCACAGACAGUUGGCAAGGACAGUACUGCAGCAAGGACGUGGACGAGUGUGCUUACUCCAAUCCCUGCCAGAACCAUGGAACCUGUCAGAAUACUGAAGGUGGAUACGAGUGUAUCUGUGUGAACGGAUAUAUCGGGAAGAACUGUGAGACAAACAAGGAUGACUGUGCCGAGGGAAACUGUUUAUACGGAGGAACCUGCCAUGAUAGAGUUGGAGGAUUCUUCUGUGAAUGUCCUCCUGGUAAGACGGGGCUGCUCUGUCACCUAGAGGACGCCUGCUCCAGUAACCCCUGCAACCCCGGAGCUAGAUGUGACACGAACCCUGUCUCAGGAGCGUAUACGUGUAACUGUCCCCCAGGUUUCAACGGAACAGAUUGUGCUCAAGAUAUCAAUGAAUGCAACGGAGGGUCUCCUUGUGAACACGGAGGAGUUUGUGUAAAUACUCCUGGAUCAUUUAAGUGUAAAUGUAAACAGGGUUUCUCCGGACCCCGAUGUGAGACGAAUGUAAACGAAUGCGAGAGUAAUCCCUGUCGGAACAAGGGAACCUGUAUAGAUGAGAGAGGAGGAUAUCGAUGUAUCUGUAUGCCAGGAUUUGAAGGGGAGAACUGUGAAGUUGAUUAUGACGAAUGCAGUCCGAACCCAUGCAAGAACAACGGCUACUGUACGGACGGAAUCAACGGAUAUCAUUGCACCUGUAUCAAUGGGUUCGGUGGAACUAAUUGUGAAACGAAUAUUGAUGAUUGUUCUAGCAAUCCUUGCUACAACGGAGGAACAUGCCGGGACUCAUUCAACAGCUUCACGUGUGAGUGCUCUACCGCCUUCACGGGGACAAGGUGUGAGAUCAACAGAGAUGACUGUGCUGCUAAUCUGUGUAUGCAUGGAACCUGCAUCGACGGUAUCAAUGAUUUCACGUGUAAGUGUGAUCCUGGGUUUGCAGGACGCUUGUGUGAGCGUAAGAUUGAUCUGUGCGUGUACAAUCCUUGUCAGCAUGGCGGGGUAUGCGAGGAAACAGAAACCGGAUACAAGUGCCAUUGUUCUCCUGGAACCUACGGUACCAAGUGUGAGGUUAAUGUCAACGAGUGCUCCUCCAACCCUUGUCUUAACAAGGGCAAGUGCUUGGACGAGAUCAAUGGUUUCAAGUGUCAGUGCCCACCUGGAUACAGGGGAAGACUUUGCGAGGAAGAUAUUAAUGAGUGUCUGAGUCAGCCCUGUCUAAACGGAGGAGAGUGUACAGAUAUCAUUAAUGAUUUUGUAUGCCGCUGUCCCCACGGUUGGUAUGGAAAAAGAUGUCAAACCGACGUAGAUGAAUGCAGACAUCGUCCCUGUACAAACGGCGGAACGUGUGAGAAUGAAGUAUCCAGGUUUAUAUGCCACUGUCCACCUGGAUAUGAAGGUUCAACCUGCCAGAAGGAGAUAAACGAGUGUGAUGCGAACCCAUGCCAACACGGAGGAACCUGCUCCGACCUACUAGGAGGAUACAAGUGUACCUGUCCGUCUGGUUUCUCAGGAAUCAACUGUGAGGAGAAUAUUAAUGACUGUAUGAACAAUCCCUGCAAGAACGGAGGAAACUGUAUUGAUAAUAUCAACGGAUUCAAAUGUAUUUGUGAGCCUCCAUUUACUGGGAGCACUUGUGAAGUAGAAAUGGAUCCCUGUGCUUCAAAUCCUUGCGCCAAUGGAGCCAUCUGCAGUCCUUACAGUAACUACAGAGAUUUCACCUGCUCCUGUAAUAUUGGAUUCACAGGACGGUUUUGUGAGGAAGAUAUAGAUGAGUGUGCAACUUCUUCUCCGUGUAGAAACGGGGCAAGCUGUCACAACACUAAUGGGAGUUACACGUGUAUGUGCAAGAAAGGGUUCGAAGGAAGGGAUUGCCUCGUUAACACGGAUGAUUGUUCAGACUCUCCCUGUCUGAAUGGAGGAACGUGUCUUGAUAAAACUGCCGACUAUAGUUGUCUUUGUGUCCCGGGUUUCAUUGGGAAGAAUUGUCAGCAAGAUAAGAAUGAUUGUUCUCCUAACCCUUGUAAGAAUGGAGCUAAAUGUACAGACUAUGUUGACUCUUUUGUUUGUACGUGUCCACUUGGAUUCAGCGGAGAGCUGUGUGAAACUAAUGAUGAAGACUGUACUGGUAGUUCAUGUAUGAACGGGGGAACUUGUCAGGAUGGUAUCAACAACUACACCUGUCAUUGUCCAGAGGGUUUCACAGGAUCCAACUGCCAGAGUAGAAUAAACUCUUGUGAUAAGAACCCCUGCAAGAACGGAGCAACCUGUGAAAACGUAAACGGAUAUCACAAAUGUCACUGUAAGGUUGGAUUUACAGGUUCCAACUGUGAUCAGCUAGUAGAUUGGUGCUCUAACAACCCUUGUGAAAAUGGAGGACAGUGUAAGCAGCAUGGAGCCAGCUAUCACUGUUCCUGUUCUAGUGGUUGGACCGGGAAAUUGUGUGAUGUUAAGAUGGUUUCUUGUGAAAUUGCCGCAAACUACAGAGGAACUCCGGUCUCAGGUCUCUGUGAAAAUGGAGGUCGUUGUCGAAACAUUGGAACCUCGCACACUUGUGACUGUAAGGACGGAUAUUGGGGAUCCUACUGCCAGAACGAAUCCAAUGCAUGCUCUUCAAACCCCUGUUAUAAUGGAGCAACCUGUAACAACCUGAAAACGGAUUUCAGUUGCACAUGUGCUCCUGGUUUUAUGGGAUCACAGUGUGAGCAUGAUAUCAAUGAUUGUCAACCCAACCCCUGCAGAAACGGAGGAGCUUGCAAUGAUUUAAUCAAUGGUUUCUCCUGCUCUUGUCCUCCUGGAACCAAUGGUAAACUCUGCGAGAUCAAUGUAGAUGAAUGCUAUGACGGAGCUUGCCACAACAAUGGAGUUUGUCUGGACCGUGUAGGAGGGUUUGAAUGUAAGUGUAGGCCAGGAUACACAGGAUCACGUUGUGAGGGAGAUAUCAACGAAUGUUUGUCUAAACCCUGUUAUGAAUAUGGAACUGCAGAUUGUAGCCAACUCAUCAAUGAUUACAAAUGCAACUGUAAGCCCGGCUGGAUGGGGAAACAUUGUGAAUCUCAGCAAAAUUUCUGUUCUAACAAUCCUUGUAUGAGUGGAGGAGUAUGUACCAGCACUCACUACGGUCAUAUUUGUGCUUGUCCAACUGGGUUCAGCGGAGCAAACUGUGAGUUUGAGGGAGAUAGUUGCCAAAUCAAUCCUUGCAACAAUGGAGGAUCUUGUGUCCCUACUGUCUCUGGGUAUAGAUGUGAAUGUAAUGCAGGAACUACAGGACCGAACUGUGAGACUGACAACAGGAACGAGUGCAUGUACAACAGAUGUCAGAACGGAGGCCAGUGUAUAGAUAGACCUGGAGAUUAUGCUUGCCGCUGCAAAGAACAAUACAGAGGAAAGAAUUGUGAGGUUUUUGAUAAAUCUUCUGAUGGCGGUGUUGAUAUAACUAUUGAUAGUAUUUAUGGAAACAAUCGGAAUAUUGAUUACGAGGAAGAUUUAAGGAGAUGUAAACAAUAUGAUUGUCAGAAUAAAGCUGGAAAUAAAAUCUGUGACGAGGUUUGCAACACUCUCGCUUGCUCUUUUGAUGAUGGCGAUUGUAAUCUUGGUGUGAACCCCUGGAAACAUUGUAAUGCUAGCUCUGGUGGUGUCCCCUGUGCAAACUUGUUUAAUGAUAGUAUUUGUCAUGAGGAGUGUAAUACUGCUGCUUGUCUGUUUGAUGGACGGGAUUGCGAGGUUGGAGGAGGACAGACACAGUGCAGACCUGAGUAUGAUGUCUACUGCACCAUGAACUACAGGAACGGGAAGUGUGAUGAGGGAUGUAACACUGGAGCCUGUGGUUGGGACGGAGGAGAUUGUGAUGAUAUCACCAGAAGUAAACGGCCGACAGACGGAUCUAUUUUCUUUGUCCUCAACAUGGCUCUAGAUAAGUUUCAUGAUCAGUAUAAAACCUUGUUCGAACGUUUCCUGUCUCUGAAGCUGGGAACUAACUUGAAAGUUAAGCACGACGAGAACGGACAUGCAAUGGUUUAUCCGUUCGACCCUAGGGAGAUCAUUGCAGACCCUAACAGCACAACCUUUGCUACAGGAUUAGAGUUUAUCUCCGGAGAUGGAGACUCAACUAUAGUUGUGUAUAUGGAGGUUGAUAAUGUUAACUGCGAGGAGCAUUGUUUCUCUACUACCGAAGAAGUCACUAAUUACAUUGCUGCUGCCUAUGCUGAUGAACUGAGAAAGGACUGGGGAGUAAUUCAGAUCGGAGAAACCAAGACUGUCAAUGGAGAAAGCACCAGUCCUGUCGGAGUAAUUGUUGGGAUUCUUGUAAUUGCUCUGGUAUUGGUUACACUUGGAGUAGUUGUUUCUACUAAUAAGAGGAAAAGUAAGGGAAUAACCUGGUUUCCUGAAGGAUUUCUGGCUCAUGCUCCCCAACGUCCUGGUCAUAGAAAAGCUCCAGAUGGACAAGAAAUGUUUGGUAUGCCACCUUCAAAGCAUCCGUCCCAGUUUGACAUUGAUAGGAUCGGCUAUAUUCAUGACGGAUGGUCGGAUGAUGAUCCAAAUGAGAGACCUGCUAAGAGGAACAGAAGAGAUCCAUCCUCCUCCUCUGGUCAAACCAAUAUGUCUGAUUUUGACGAUGCUGAUCAACGCCAAUGGACUGCUCAGCACAUGAACGCUGCUGAUGUGAAGAACCCGGAUAUUCUUGGAGCUCUAACUCCACCUCAAGCCGAGGUGAUCAUGAAUGAAAGGAUGACGAAUGAUAUCGAUGUUCGAGGACCUUGUGGACUUACGCCUCUGAUGUUGGCCUCAUUCCGUGGAGGAGGCCUAGACAGUGGAGAUAUAAAUGAAGAUGAAGACGGAGAAGUAAAUGCUGUUCUCCAGGACCUGAUUGCACAAGGAGCCAAUAUCUCAAUUCAGAUGGACAAAACUGGAGAAACCCCUCUCCAUCUAGCGGCAAGAUAUGCAAGAGCUGAUGCUGCCAAGAAGCUUCUAGAUGCUAAAGCUGAUGCUAAUGCUCCCGAUAACACUGGCCGAACUCCUCUUCACGCUGCUGUAGCUGCUGAUGCUCAAGGUGUAUUUCAGAUCCUUCUCAGACAUAGAGCAACAAAUCUUGAUGCUAAAACUUAUGAUGGAACAACUCCAUUAAUCCUGGCGGCUAGGUUGGCAAUUGAAGGUGUUGUAGAGGAACUGAUCCAAUCAGAUGCUGAUAUUAACGCUAGUGAUGAGAAUGGAAAAUCUGCAUUGCACUGGGCUGCUAGUGUAAAUAACGUAGAUGCUGUUAACACACUUCUUGCUCAUGGUGCCAAUAGAGACGCUCAGGAUCAUAAAGAUGAAACUCCACUGUUCUUGGCUUGCAGAGAAGGAAGCUACCAGGCUGCUAAAGCUCUUCUUGAUCAUUGUGCAAAUAGAGAUAUAACAGAUCACAUGGAUCGGUUACCUAGAGAUAUUGCUCAGGAACGAUUACAUCAUGAUAUUGUCCGUCUUCUUGAAGAACAUAUUCCUCCAGCUCCUCAACCACAAAUAUCUCAACCCGUCCUUCCUCCCAACCUCUCCAAUGACAGCCAUCAAAUGACUCCAAACAAACCAAAACCUAAGAAGCGAUCAAAGACGAUAGAAGGAUCUCCAAUGGAAGGAGGAAUGCAUUCUCCACCCUCAAUGAACAUGCAUAUGAACGGAAUGUUGACUCUUCCUAAGAACCGAAGACCAAGUGUAAAGAGAAAGAAGCCUGAUGAUAUGAUGAUGCUUUCUCCUGAGGGAGAUCAUUCUCAUUUUGACACCAUGUAUGGACAUUCAAUGCAGAUGCAUCAUCAGGAAAUGAUGAUGCUGGCACAAAAACAACCUCCUAGUUAUGAUGAUACAAUGAGUGGAAAGAUGAAUCCCCAUCAUCAAUCCAUGGCAGGGCUUUCAAUAAAUGGUCAUCAGCCUGAAUCUCAAUUCUUUCCAAUGCAUCCCAGGCAGCAGUCAAUUCCUGCCAGUAUGACAUUCACCCACAUGUCUCCACAGAAUCCCCAAACCCUCUCCCCUCCUCAUCAUUCAAUGAUGUCUCCGCCUCAGUCCGUUCAAUCAACUCAUUCUCUCUCUCCUCCCGUCCUUACAUCAUCUCCUCAGACAAUGCAGCACCAAUCCUCUCCCAAUAAAUCCCGUGGCAUGAUGCUUCCCACAUCUCCGACUCAUCUUGCAGCCAUGCGGGGCGCUUCUCAUCAGAGACAUCAAUCCUUCGACUUCCCCGAGAACGCAGGUCCUGUGAUGAACCAAAUGGGAGGAUACUAUCCAUAUCCUACUCCUCCUCAGAACGGAGAGAACGGAAACUUCAUGACUCCGUCUCCAGAGUCUCCUAGCCAAUGGAGCACGAACUCCCCACAAAGUCACUCCGACUGGAGUGAUGGCAAUAUUCAUUCUCCACCUAAUUUUCAGCAACAGCAGCAGCAAUAUAAACCUCAGGAAGCUGUUUAUAUAUAAUCAAUUCUGAACUCUACGAGUAUAAAAAUAUCCUUGCAAGAAGUGACAUGAACGCUCUAUAAAAACUUGUGAAAAUUUAUCAUUAUGCGAAUUUUUAGGAACGUAUAGUACGAAUGAUUAUUAAGAUCUCAAAACAAGUAACCCUGGUUUCAGUUCGUUUCUUAUUAUUUAUAUAGUCAGAACCUGUUAAUUGGUAGAGGACCUGAACUUUGUCAGGAAGUCUUCCACAUCUAUUUUGUUGUUAAAGCAUAUGAUGUAGAUAUAAAUAAAUAUAAAUUGUUUAUCAA